AUGCAGAUCUCCCUAGUCACCAUUCUCGGUCUCUUAAGCGCCUCUAGCUGGGCCCUCGCCGCUCCGGAGGACUCAUCUGCUGACACGGCUGCUGACACUCUGCUUGAUCUCAACAGCCAGGCGAUUUCUGCGCUCCAGGAGAACGAGGACAGCUCAGCUACGGACUCUGCCAAGAGAGGAACUAGCUGCUCGCUCUUCAACGCCUCCGUGCGCCGGGAUUGGCGAUACCUUUCGUCCAAGGAGAGGACGAACUACAUCGAUGCCGUUCUUUGCUUGAUGAAGAAGCCUUCCAAGGCUGAUCCAGCAUUCGCUCCUGGUGCCCGCACUCGAUAUGAUGACUUUGUUGCCGUUCAUAUCAACCAGACCCUGAGCAUUCACGGAACCGGUAACUUCUUAACCUGGCACCGAUACUUCACCUGGGCCUAUGAAACCGCUCUCAAGGAGGAGUGCGGUUACAAGGGCACUCAACCUUACUGGAACUGGUUCGAUGGUUCCGACUUUGCCUCCUCGCCGCUUUUUGACGGCAGCGCAACCAGCAUGAGCGGAGAUGGUUCCUACGUGGAGCACGACGGCGCUCUGUCUGGCACCAACAACAUUUACAUUCCUUCCGGAAAUGGCGGAGGCUGUCUCAAGAGCGGACCUUUCAAGGAUAUGGUCACCAACCUUGGUCCCGUGUCCCCGGGCAUGAACGGUAUGACUGCUAGCCCAACUGGUGCCCUGGGUUAUAACCCUCGAUGCCUCCGUCGUGACUUGAGCAAGUACCCCGUCGACACGUGGUUCACGGCCCGCAACCUCUUCAAUAUCACCCUCGGUGCCGCCUCGGGCUCCAUCGCUGCCUUCCAGAGCGAGCUCCAAGGUCGCUUCGGUGAUCAGUUCCUUGGCAUGCACGCCGCUGGUCACUUCACCAUGGGCGGUGACUCAUCCGACCUCUUCUCUUCUCCCAACGACCCCAUCUUCUUCCUGCACCACGCUAUGGUUGACCGCCUGUACUGGCUGUGGCAGGCGCUCCAUCCUCGCAUUGCUAAGGAUAUUGCUGGCACCAUCACCAUUCUCAACUUGCCUCCUAGUCGCGAUGCUGUGAAGUCUGACAUCUUGAACAUGGGCGUCAACGCACCUGAUCUUACCAUUUCGGAUGCUCUCAACACUCUGGGCAACGCUCCUUUCUGCUACAUCUAUCUGUAG